GCAAAACUUGUUUGUAUUUCUCAUUUUUUUGCUGUUUACACAUGUUUGUCUAUUUUUUCAGAUAUUGUUCGGCUGACUUUUUCAACUUGUUUAUGUUCGGUUUACUUUGGUAAAGUUUUGUUCUGUUUUUAUUAAAAAAAAAUCUUCGAAAUAAUGGCGUAUUUUAUUUUAAAUGUUUUUUUUUUCAUUUUCUGUUCCUUUCGUAAAAUUUCUCAUAACUUCAGCACAGGAGUAACAAACAGCCCUUCCCUUCAUAGCAGCAACGAGUGUAUAACCGGCCAAUCGGCCUCGCUUUACCAUCGAUGUGCACCCUGACUCAAAGAGAACGGUACGGAUUCGGCUCGUAAUGCCCUUUCACGCAAGGCAGCGCGCUGGGAGAGACCAAACUUCGGCUGUUCGACGCGAGAGCGCACAGCAUGGAGGGUUGCGUACGACCGAGCCAUGCACAGCGCUAGCAGAAGUAAGAAGAAGCUCGUUGAAGCAAGUCGCACGUAUCGUGCUGGUGGCUGGAACCGCGUACACCGUGUAUUUUGAUCUGGGGGAAAAUCUCUCGCAUCCAUUCGAUUCGCGGCGGGCGGUUGGUGUAAAAGGCGCGCGCGUGCGCUUGGAUUUUCUUUGCUGGCCGUUUGUGGGCGCUUUCCGGCAGGCAGACCGGACGGAUGCAAACGGGGUGUGGAAGUUUGUUAGCGUAGGAAAGAUUGGGUGCAUCCUGGAAGUGGCACUGCACCUGCCGGGAUUUUUCUCAGCAAAAUUUUCCCUUCCCCGACGAUAAUUGUGGGAGUGAAGGAGAAAAAGUUGACCGUUGUGUCGUAUACCGCUUGAAACGCAGUGUAGCAGCGGAGUGGUGUUUAUGGCUGAUUGUUUGAUAAAGUAAGAUAAAAAUGGUUUUACGAGCAUAAGAAAAGUGUGCAGGAAAAAAAAAAGAUUUUGUGAAUUGUGCGUGUGUGUAGUUUGUGUGUGCUUGUGAAGUAUUCAAAAUAACCGAUAAUUUAAAGGUGAUUUCCUGUCUAUCCGGAUUAAAAAUUUUGUCAAUCAGAUUGUAGAAAAGUCCUUAUCUUCUACAAGAUACUUCAUCACAGUAAAACAAAUAAACAUAUCGAUGAGGAUAAUUUGCCCAUGCUUGAUUGUUGUGUGCUGAUGAAGACAAGCCAAAAAGAAUUCAAACAAAUAACGGGUUGAUUAAAGCGCGCAGCUACUUCGCAACGUACCGCAGCAACCGAGCUGGAAAAUCAUCAACCGCAAGGAUAUACACACCAAACCACCAUCCCUCUUUGCGUCGUCAAUCGAAGGAACCGGGCGCAAGCUUUCGAAGCGAUGGUAAUGUCAAUUUUCCGUCACUUUCCAUCACGGAAAGGUUCGCCGUGAAGGGGCAGGUGUGCUGCAGCACAAGAAAAGGUGUAUGUGAUUCGUGCUAAUACGAGAUGUAUUAGUAUUUGCGUGAGUGGUGUGUGGUGCUGUGUACUGGUGUGCUUGUGUUUUUGUGCGUUAUGUUUGUGGUUGGCGCUGUGGGUUUUGGGGCUGGUGGCGUAUCAUGAUUUGCAUAUAAAUUGAUCAGUGCGGUGUGUAUACAUCCUAAAACCGGGCCGGUUUGUUUGCCUAGAGUCUUGUAAGGUGGUUUGUGCAGGUGUUUGUGCCAAGUGUGCCUACAGGGCAGUAGUAGUAGCAGAGCAGAGCAUCCUGAUUAUCUCGGCCAGGUGUUGUUGCCGUUGGUGGUGUGUAUGCGUGUGUGUGUGUGUAUUUAUUUGAAAAUUGUUGUCCUUUUAAAUGCUCGCCUGUCAGGUGGUUUGAAACGUAAAGUGAGUGUUUUUGGUGCGGGCAUCAACCAGGACCGCAGUUCCGGGCGUUGCGGUUUAUUUUGGGAUCUCGCGUGAAUGGUUAAGCACCUUCGCAGGCUGCUGCUACUCCGUGUGCUAGUUUUCCGUGGACUCCGGGGAGGACUCCGGAACAUCAUCGCGAAGCUCGCCCAACGUGCCCGCCGAGGCAACCGUCGUCCGUAGGCAUGGAGGAGGAACUACGCUGUCCGGUGUGCAAGCAGCUUUACGCCAGCCCGGUACUGCUGCCCUGCUAUCACGCGCUCUGUCUUGCCUGCGCCCUGGACAUUCAGACUGCAUCCUCAUCCUCCGCAUCCUCGUCCUCGUCCACCGCCUCAUCGUCGUCUUCGGCCGGGUCGUCGGGUGCCGGUACCGGACACCCACCCUGCCAUCCUGCCAUUGCGGCCGCUCACCUACACCAACAGCAUUCACAACAUUCAUCCUCGUCCGCGGCGAGUACCGGCAGUUCGAGUGCUACCGAAAGCGUAUCCUCCGAUCAGGAUCAGGCGGACAAGGUGAGCAUCCUGAGUGAAGCCGAUUCGGGUGUUAUCUGCUGCACAUCCCGGCCAGGAUCGUACGCCGGCACACCGAACCUACAGGGACUGUUGUUCCCUCCGGCCGGUUCCGGUGGGUCGGUCUAUUCGCUCGCUUGUCCGGUGUGCCGGAAGUUGGUGUUCUUUGACGAGUUGGGAGCACGCAAUCUCCCGCUGUACCGGGCGAUGGAGUCUAUCGUGGAUCGGUUCUGUGAGCGGGAAGCGCUACGGUGUCAGAUGUGCGAAACCGAACCGCCGAAAGUGGCGACCGUCAUCUGUGAGCAGUGCGAGAUCCGGUACUGUGAUGCGUGUCGCGAGCUGUGCCACCCGGCACGCGGACCGCUGGCGAAGCACAGUCUUACGAAGCCACGCGGUGCUUGCCAGCUGCGGGAAUCGAUUUGCGGUGAGCACACGGAACCGCUGACCAUGUACUGUAUGGGGUGUAAGCUGCCCAUCUGCAAUCAGUGCAUCGGCGACAACCGGCACCAGUCACACGAUCUGCAGUCCAUUACGGCAAUGUGCAAAGCCCAGAAGACUGAACUAUCACACAACCUGCAGCAGCUCUCCGAAAAGGCGCGCUCCACAACCGAAUUCAUCCAAAGACUGAAGGGAAUGAGCGAUAAAGUGACGGAUUCGUGCAUCGAGUUCGAGCGAUUGGUUACGGUACAGUGUGAGGCGCUGAUAGCGGCCAUUAACGCCCGAAGGGACGUCCUGCUCGAUGUAAUACGAAGCGAUAAGGAAGCCAAAAUACGCACGCUAAAGGAUCAACAGGCGAGCUGUACGGGGAAGCUUCAGCAAACUACGGGCCUCAUACAGUUUUGCAUCGAAGCGCUGAAGGAAACGGAUAGUGCGGCAUUUUUACAGGUGGGCUCCAUGUUAAUUAACCGCGUCGCCAACACGGACAUGACUUGGCACCAGGAGGUCACGAAUGCGGCCCCACGCGUAUCGCCAAUUAUCGAUCUCACGCUCGACGACUCGUCGGUGAUUCGCGCCAUCGAUAACCUCAACUUCAUUCAGAUGAAGCCCGCCAAGGAGGGCGAGGAACGGCUACCGGCAGUGCCGCUAGCACCCGUCAUCAUCCCGGAGGACUGUUCGGCGGAGAAUAACUCGGUAACUGUUGCGUGGCAGGCGCCAAGCCAUUCGUUCGUACAGGGAUACGUGCUCGAGCUGGACGAUGGCAACGGUGGCGAGUUUCGGGAGGUCUACUGUGGCAAGGAAACAAUCUGCACCGUCGACGGACUGCACUUCAACUCGAUGUACAACGCACGUGUUAAAGCCUUCAACAACACCGGCGAGGGUGAAUAUUCCGAGCUUAUUGGAUUACAGACGGCAGAAGUUGCCUGGUUCACGUUCGAUUCGGUCCUUAGCGGCGGUCCCUGCUCGGGGUUGAAUUUCUCCAACGAAAACCAAACCGUAUCGGCCGACGGCUGGGAGCAUCGGGUUGCGCUCGGUUCGGUCGGGUUUUCCCGGGGCGUACACUACUGGGAGUUUACCAUCGACAAGUACACCGCCGACACCGAUCCAGCGUUUGGCGUGGCGAGGCUAGAUGUGGCCCGCGAUAAGAUGCUUGGCAAAGACGACAAGGGUUUCGCGAUGUACAUCGAUAGGCAGAGGUCCUGGUUCCAGCACAACAGCGUGCACGAGCGGCGCGUCGAGGGCGGCAUCUCGUCCGGCAGCACGGUCGGUGUGUUGCUCGACCUCGAACGGCACACGCUACACUUCAUCGUCAACGAGAUGCCGCAGGGUUCGGUGGCGUUCCGUGAUCUGUACGGUGUGUUCUACCCGGCCGUAAGCGUCAACCGUGGCGUGACACUGACCCUGCACACUGGGCUGGAUGCACCGCGCAUGGACUAUCACUGAGCAAUCGGUUGCUGCGACUCCUGAACCCCGGUCCGCAAGCAAUCGGUUCGAUCGAUGCAGUUCACACGUUCGCUUCUUCCGUCCACUAACAUGGGAAGGUAAGAAGGCUAACGUUUGACCGAAGUGUGUAGAAAGUAACGCUUUAAGGAAGUCGGUUUUAGAAACAGUUUUAAACUAAGGGAUAGGAACGAAAAAAGGAAUCAAAACUAAGCGCACGAGACAUUAUUUAAGAUGUAAACUUUCUUUUAAAAAACCUUCCUCAUCUCAGCUCAAACCACCAGCACCACCAGUUGAAACGCUGUUGUCAUGCAUAAAACAAAUGGCACAUGCGCUCGUAAUCACACCCGACCAUCGGAUGUUUUACCCGGAAUGUGAACAAUAUCUUGACGUAGGGUGGAAAAAAAAGGUCACAUGUGGGCCAGCCAGCUUUUCGUCUCCCACGGCUGCUGAACUCCGAACUUCGGCUGGAACGCCACCCAUGGCUUAUCGGUUGGUUUCAAUCACUGCCCACGAACUUAUUCGCGACGUUACGCUUUUCCGUUCCGGGCUGCUGUGCUGUGAUCGCUCGCAAGGGAAGCUUUCGGGGGGAUAAAUGCUAAUAGAAAUGUACCGAAUUGGUCGGCCACUGCAAACGAUGAGCGAGCGCAUGAUUUGCAUAUUCGUUCGUUCCAAUCGUUCCCGCGUCAUCAAAUUCUUCGUGAGGUCAGUUGGUUGGGGGACUUGGACGCGACACGUUAGCACGAAUUGGCGAAUAAGGUUGAACGCUCUCUUUUUUUCCUGCAAAACAUUAUCUAGUGAAAGCGGCAAAUUGUUACUUUUAAGGGGCACGUGGCUAGAGUGAUCCUGCUGCAAGCUUCCGUCGCCCAUUCCAAUUAAUGCAGGAAAUAAUAAUGCACCACCGGUAGGAGGUACGGAUCGCGGUCGAUUAACGCGGCUAUGUUUAAUGCAAAACCGUACCAGUGUUUGCACUCGGGAUGAUACAAGAUAAUGGGGUUGCAAAUUUGCAUACGCGUUCUUGUUUUUGAUGUUUUGCCCUGUUUUGUAAGAGCUGCUUUUUUUCUGUACAACAGGGAUUACAUACAGUGGUAGUCGUUGCAAUAAGACUAUCUUCAUUUUGUUGCUUGUAAAGUGAGGGCAACGAUGAGGAUUUUGGAUGAUAAUAGUUUUUUUUAAUCCGGAAAAAGUUAGUUCAAGCUUUAGGUUAAUCCAGAAUAUCUCUUACUCUAUAUUAUUACUCUUUUUUAUAUUACUCUUUUUUGUAACUUUUCAGCAAAAUAUUGCAAAAACAAGUGCAGGACGGUUACGAUGAGUAUUUGCUUGCAUGUCCUUUGUUUUGAUGGAAUGAUCGUAUUCUUCGGGAUAUGAAAUCAAUGAAUGUUAGACUUGUUUGAUAACGUUAUUGCAUACUGGUUCUCUGUAUUUGAAGGCACUGUUCCUCUUUCGAUCUUGACUCUUGGGUACUCAAUUUUUUAUUUGAAUUUUCUAGGAGAUUCCCAGUUAGUUUGAGGUUUAAAAAUUGUGCUGGCCAACCGAUAACAACUGAUAGUAGAUCACACCCCAUUUCUCUACUGAUCUCGUUGUUCGGUGUAACAUUUUUGCCCUGAAUGUUAAUUACCAUUCCAGUGACAUAUCUCAUUUUCCAUACGAAAUCAUUACAUUCUACAUAUUUGUGUGGGCUUACAAUAUCUUGUAUCCAAAAACCCGGACCUGCGCUAUGACAGACUGUUAAUUCAUUUCUGAAAAGAAGAUUAAAUAUUUUCUCAAUGAAAACAUAAUUCUAAUGAUAGUAAAUAUAUUGCCGACGAGUUUCUAAAUAUUUUUAUAAAAUCGCCUCCGUGUAUGCAAGGCUUGACUUCCUUGCUUUAUGGAUAAAAUCAAGUAACAGAAAGCCAGAAAUGGGAGGCCGAAACCUUUUGAGGUUUCCAGGGAAGUGCCAGGGAGGAAGAAAUUAAAUAUAAUUGAUCGUAUAAUUUUUUCCGACACUGUAAAUAGCUACUGGAACAGAAACUCUAUAAUUGAUAACUUUCGGGAAGCUUUUUCAGAGCAUUCAUUCGUUCUAUUGAGUUUCCCGGACGCCAUCGCGAGUCGUUUAUUUUGUAUUUAUUUAACGCUUGUGUUUUUUUUUUGUGUUGCUCUUCCAAGCUCUUAUACACACACAUAAGUAUUUUGUAAAAAUAACCCCGGUCUCAAUUAACCGGGUCAGCGAGUGUUUUUUUAUCGAUGAAUAAUCAUUUAAUGAUGCUGAAUGAAUGAAAAAUUCAGCACUCGUGAUAAACAUGGCAUAUAACGAGCCACGAAAUGAUUGGGCGGCUUCCCUGGUUUCCCUGGCCGUUGGCGCUAUUAUUAAUUGGCAUGUUGCAGGAAUGAAAUCGAAAACAAAGCGAUAAAAUAAUCGCAAAUAAAAUCGCGUUCUCUGAUUGGAAAGCGAAAACAAAAAAUUGGCAAUCCUACCGCGCUGGCCCGCUAGAUUUAAGAAUAACCGGUGCACACGCAUUUAUGAAAAGGACGUGUGAAAUCGAUUCGAAAUCGAUUACUGUGCAUCCAGCGCAAUAAAUGUGUUUCGAGGGGCAACCAGCAGGGCAUAAAAAAACAGCAAAGGUCGAACUGAAAAUAUCAAAAAUCCGCCAUAAGAAGUACCAGCAUUGAAUUAUCGUUCAUUAUAAUCGUGCGCAUGAAACAGCACGUUCCCGGGUGCAUAUCAUCACGCGUUCGGGAGGUCAUGCUCUUUGGGAAGAUUUCCCGUUUUUCCUGUGGACUUGUCACUAUGGUAACCGACUGACUGUCCACUUUGGCACAGGGCAAAACAUUAACCGGAAAACUGUCUGUCCAAUUAAUGGCGCUGCCCAUCGGCCAACAGCAACAACAGCGUAUUAAAUGGUGAUGUGAGGUGGUGAUGUUCAAUUAUUUGUGGUUCAUUAUUGCAGUUGAUCUUGCAUUUAUUGUUUUGCAGUAGGAGAAGCGAAAGGUUAAACCAUACUUAUCAGUAGUCUGUGCAGUACGAUGUGGGCAUCGAUUAUGGAUUUUCCUGCCCAGGACUUUGCAGAGGAAAAAAGGUAUUAUUUAUAGAGAACAACAAUUGAGGAGAGGGAUUUAUUUAUUUUGCAUCCAAUUAUCUCUUAAUUGAGCUAAAAACGCAAGUUAUUUUUUGAUAUUAUUUUAACUGAUAAAGUACGCGCUUUUGUACAUAUAAAAAGGACGAAGUUAAGGUUUGUAGUUCGAACUCUUGGAAAGCCCAUAAUUAACGUCGCGUUAAAAAAGAAGGAUCUAACUAACGAAUGACGAAUCGUAAUACUCACUAAGCUUACGGAUAAUAUUACAGCGGCGUUUAUUAAAUUUGAACCAAUAUUUUUAAAACCAAGAUCAAGAUUCGGCUAAAACAAACCCACUCACAUGCACAAAAAAAAAUUAAACCAUACUCACAGCAAUGUACAGAACCGGCGUACCGAAAGUGGCACAUGAUAGUGAACUGUCAUUCGUGUUGUACAAAGUGUAAAUUGUAAUUUUAUGAUAAAGAAACUAAGUUAUUUUAUCGCAAAUCUCGAAGUAGCUAAUAUGAAGAGUCUCUCGUACGUGUGUAUUCUACUUCGACGAACCGGAAUCUGGCAAGGAAACGAAAGUAAAGCAACACAGAUAACCUUCUGAUAAAACGAAGCAGAUGAAACAUUCAUUUCAAAAUUUACUGGUAGAAAUAAACCACUGCACACGCGUUUAGAAAUUCAAAUCACUAGAUCAAUUGGAAUCGAAAUAAAAGGGGGCACGGAAUCGAUCAUGGCAUGGUGUCUGGUGCAAAACGGCAAGGAGCACACACAAGUAUCGUAGAGCAGUUUGUAGCAAGAACCUUCUAUACCGAAAUGUACUAACCGUGUAUUGCUUCUUCCGAAACGACAAAAUAACAAUGAGCUUCUGAUAAUUGUGUAACCGUGUAAAAUCAAGCAUUACUCAGCAUGAAAUAGUUUUUAGCAGUCCCGUCUACCCGUCAAACAAUUAUCAACACAUGGAAAAAAGUCCAAACAUUCAAAAAGGAACAGCAGUUGGAAGUAGCAGAACCAAUGGCAAGAGAAGAACAACACAUCACAGGAGGAAGAGACAAUGAUAGCAUUAUGAGACGAAACACAAAUCGGUAGAGCUUUUCGAAUUGGAAAAUUAAGAAACAAAUAUGUUGAACGAAACGAAUGUAGACGAAAAAGCAACAGCAUUGACGAAUGCCCACUAUUCCUAGGCGGUGAAAAGUGGUGGUGUAGUGAUGGAAUUUGUAAUCCUUUGGUAAAACACAAUGAUAAGUAAUAAAAACAUAUUAAAAAUCUUAA